AGCGCCAUCGAGAGCGUUAUCAUCUAAAAUGGCUGACGAGGAGAAUUCGUUUCUAGACAGUGGCCGAGAGAACGCACUUUUGUGCAAAAAUGAUCCGCCAGCACCAACCUACUGCUGGAAAGACAUCACGAAGGAGUUCAGAGAAGCCACGAGGGAGCUUGAACUUGGUGAGCUCGUCCACGACGACAUGUUCACGCUGUUCGAAGCCAUGUCGGCGAUUGAGAUGAUGGAUCCGAAAAUGGACGCUGGAAUGAUGUGUAACUUUGGCAACAAGAAAGUGAUGAAUUUUGACCAAGCUGUGAGUGCGGGUGCCCUUAAGAUAGCGGAUCUGAGCCCGGCGGAACACAUCGGCAUAAUCGACUCGACACUUGCCUGCCUCGUAACUUGGCUGGAGGGCCACUCUCUGGCACAGACCGUGUUCACUAACCUCUACUUGCACAAACCACACCAAGUCGAAGACAAGGUGAUGAAGGCUUUUUCGGUUUGUGUCCUCAAAAUGGUCGACAUGAUUAAAAACUUCGUCACCAAGGCUGCCGUAUUCGAGGAAGAAGACUUCCAACCAGUAGUGUAUGGGUUCAAAUUGGCCUGGGAUGUCACUGAAGUCCGGGCUGCAGGAAUGAUGAAAGAGAUCGAAGACGAACUCUCCAAAAAGGUUAAGGCUACCAGGGCAAAGCUCGGGGAGGAACUCGACUCGACGCAACUGGCCUGCCACGAAGAGGCCGUGGCUGUUUACUCGAGAAUCAAAUUCUGCCGUUUCUUCCAGCAGGCACUGAUCGUUUUCAACAAGAAGGGAAGUGAUGGCGUCGAAGAAGUGGAGCGCCUUCUCCAGCAAUGCCUCGAGGUGCUGCCCGUUCUGCGGCGCACCAUCGCCCUAGGCGUGCAGCCCGACCCCAAUGCGGAAGGAACCAACCGCGCUGACUACCCGACGGUGAUGGGAUUCGAGCCGUUGGUUAACCAGAGGCUACUUCCCCCGACUUUUCCCCGUUACACGAAAAUAAAGCCACGCGAGGACACCAUGGAAUACCUGGAAGCCUUGAUUGGUCGGCUGCGUCAUGUUUGCCGAAUCGUGGACUGCUCAUCAUUUCACUCUGCCAUCGACUUCCUUGGAGAGUUUAGCAAGACCUGGCCGUGCGUUCUGUCGAGGUCCGUGGUCCAGCUUUUGUACUUGCCCUGCCCAGGCAAGGUUCUUGGCAACCUGACCAUGGUGGACGUCCUCAAGGAGUCAGUCCGUGCUUUCAUCCGACCACCUGUGCUAUCACAGCGAGGCAACAAUGCCCUCGGUAACCAUCCGCAUGCCCGUGAGCUUGUUGAUGCUUUCCUCAACCACUGCGUGCGGCCCUUCACCUCCAUGGUGCACAUCAGUGGCCACAACAGGGCACGUCAGCGUGACAAGUUGACGCACCUCCUGGAGGAACUUGCUGUGCUGCAGGAUGAAGCGGAUCGCCUGGACACAGUGCUGCACAGCAUCUCACUCAAGAUGGAGUCGUCGUUGCCCCACCAGCCACAACAGCAGUUGGCAUGCUUCACCACUUGGGUAUUGCACCACGUCCUGCGCACCAUGAUUCGCUAUCUUCUUUCAGGCUUUGAGCUUGAACUGUACUCUGCACAUGAAUAUGGCUACAUCUACUGGUAUUUGUACGAGUUCCUAUAUGGCUGGAUGAUCUCGGCACUUUCACGUGCUGAUGCAUUCCUGAUGGAACAGGAAGCACGUGCUGAACAGCAGCGUACUGGGCGACCUGUAAAGAAAGGCAAACGCCGCAAGAAGCCCUGUCCCCACAGCCGUGAAAUUUUCAUAAGCCAAGCAUACCAAAAUCUAUGUGGUGGCUAUUACAAGACCCUGGCAGGCUUCACACUAGACGGCAAGCUCCGGAGGCCAUGCCCAGAGUUUGACAAGGAAAAGGUGCGCUAUGAACAUCGUUUUGCACCCUUCAAUAGCAUCCUGACACCGCCUCCUGUACAGUACGGCCAGUACAAGGAGAUGACUGACCCAUACAAGUAUCAGCCACCUCCAACACCAGAGGACAUGUACUUGGCAGCCUGCAAGUGCUUCCAAAAUGCACGCAUGUUGCUCGACAAUGUGCCUGACCUCAGCAGUGAACUGACUAGUGUAAUGAAAGUGGCUAAGACAAACUUUGUUGUGGUGAAACUUCUGCUCAGUGGCCACAAGAAGGAUUCUACAAUGCUGCCAGAAUUUGACUUCAGCCAGCACAAGAACUUUCCCAUUAUCAGAAUUUGAAUGACAGCAUUAUACACAUUGCAUUUUUGAUACCAAUGCAAUUCACAGCUCUUCCAUGCUAAAGGGUUGCUGCUCAUCAUCAAUAUUGCUCAGGUCUGUAGUGAGUUCAGCAAAAAUUGGAAUGUUGUUUGUAGUGGUACUGUCACUUUUACAGUGGAAAAGUGGCACUUCCUGUUGACAUCAUGAGUGCACUUUCAGACCAUUAUCGUAGUGAUUUUGGGCUACAAGCAAUACCUGCUUUAAAAGCAAUUGCAACAGACUUGCUUUGUUACAGAUUAACUAUUCAAGAAAAGCAUGAACAAAGUUUGGAGUUGUUAAACUAUCAAGAGAUAAAGCUGAGCAUUGCCAAGUACUUAGUCAUGACCUUGCACUCAAGUAAGACAUUUGGCGUUAUUUGAGCUUUAUCUUAAACUAUUAAUGACAUGAUAUAUUUUACUGUUUGUUUUUUGCAUUGGAUAAAGGUCCUGUCCCACAAAACCAUAGGAAAAAAUGUAUAUGACAGGCUUGGAGCACCUUUAGUAAUUUGCAACUUGCUUUUUUUGUAGCCAUUUCAGUGUUACUUCCCUAGUGUGCCAUUACACAGCAGGUUGUUACAUGUGAGCAGAACAGGGGCCAGAUGUGCUGCUGUAUUGGGCUGUCCAAAGAGUAGCAACAUGGGAGACAACCCAGAGAACUGCUACAAUGCUGUGAUGUCCUGCUCCCACAUGACCGUCUUCCGUUCCUAGCAUCACACGACAUACCACAUCUUGGAAGAGUUAUUUGAAUGAAUCAUCCAGGCCGCUCUGAUUCUUGCCAGUAUUUUCU